CGCUUUACAGGUUGCCUCACAUUCACCCAUUGAUCAGGUGGAGCCGGGGAUUGAACCACCAAUCUUCCGGUUUGUAGACAACCUACAUGAACCACUGAGCCACUGCCACCCCCAUUAUAAUGCAUUAUGAAAAGUAGUUUGUGGUUAUUAUGCCGUUUUAAAAUCUCUUCUAAGUGCUCUGUCUUUACCAGUAAGUGAGCUGGAACUGGGUUAAGCAAAUUUUAAAAUAUGUAAAUAAUCUUCCUGACUAAAGGUCACUGCGUUUGCCAAAUAAUAGCAAUGGAUUUUGUAAAACAAUAGUGUUAAUCACAAUAUAUUUCAAUUGAUAAUUUUUAUUGUUUUAUUGAUCAUCUAGUUUGUAUAAGCCCUUUUAAAUGAACAUUUAAUUUAAUAAACACAAUUCAUUAGGUUCAAUCUGUGGGAUGCUUUAUGUGUUUAUAUUGUUUUAUAGAGCCUUUUACAGCUCAUGUGAUCAAAUAGCCUGCGCACGCAUUUAGGCAACAGAAGUGGUGUUAUUUCCCAUUGGUUCUAACGUGUUAGCAACUCAGUUUAGUAAAACAGUUUCCCAGCAUCAAAAUGUCUGAUUGUUGCGUUUGGUUGCACUAAUAUAAUAUACGUAGGCCUAUAUAUGUAGCCUAUCUGGCAACUUUAUUUUUGGCCAUCUGCUAACGUCUUCUAUCCACUCCACCGUACACGGAUCUGGUAGUUGUGUUGAAAAAGUUGAUAACGUCAACUUUUAAAAAUAACUUUCUCUGUCUGUGUUGCUUAACUGCUGAUUCUUGCCAUACCUCCGUUGCCAAAAUGCGUACGCAUACGCUACCACAUCAUCAUUGUGUACAAACAGUAAAAGGGUCUAUACUAUCGGUUUGCUGGCUUCUCAGAUUAUGUAAAUAACUAUUGUAUAUUUAAAUCAUAUAAUGGUUUACAUAAUCUUAAACUUAACAUUUAGCUAAAUCAUAAAGAAGCAAAAAAGCUAAAUGAGUGUCAUAGAGCUACUAAAUGCUCUUCUUUUCUAUUACAUACAAUCAUAUGCAUCUUUAAAAUAUUUAUGAUUUCUUUUAGGCAGAUGUUACAUGAGAGAUUUCUAUAAAGUCUUACGAUGUUAUGGAUAAGAUCAGCAGUCAGAAUACUCUCAUAUUUUGCAUUAUCUAUUGUUUGUGGUGUGGUGUAAUGCUCUACUUAAUAACUGAUUAGUUUCUGCUUUGUGAAUUUAGAUAUGAAAAUUGACAUUUGUGUCAGUAAACAAAGUGGUUUAAACAAAUUGAAGGACAGUAUAUGAGCCACCACACGUCCCUGUUUCUUGAGCAACAGUCUAUUUUAAGUCAUGCUUCCGAGUCGUAUUUACUCUUUCCUUUUGGGUUUUAUAAAUUGUGCCUUUUUAAAGGUUUCUUGCUUAUCAUCUGAGUUCAGCUUGGAUGGAGAUUACCUAUUGGGUGCCCUUUUUCCAGUACAUGAAGUCGUAUUGGCGAAACCCAUGAUCUUCCCGGAGGCCAUUAAAUGUAAAUGGCAAAGUUUCAGAACAUCAGGCUAUCAGAUGUUUCAAGUAAUGAGGUUUGCUGUUGAGCAGAUUAAUAACUCAACCACCUUGCUGCCCAAUGUCUCUCUGGGUUAUGAAGUUUUUGAUCAUUGUUCUGACUCUAAGAAUUUCCCUUCAGUCUUCAGUUUCAUCUCACAGAACGGAUCAAUAAAUCCUCAAGAAAAACUAAACAACCAUCAGACUAAAAUCAUUGCUUUAACAGGACCAUAUGGAAGCACAAGAGCUCUUACUAUCGCACCGCUUGUCACAAUGUACUACAUACCAUGGGUUCAAUAUGCAGCCACAACUUCUGUGUUAAGUGAUAAACUUCGCUAUCCAACUUUAAUCAGAACAAUCCCCAGCAAUAAAGACUUGGUACAGAUGAUUAUUCACAUCAUACAGUGGUUUGGAUGGAAUUGGGUUGCCUUUAUUGGAGGUGCAGACGAUUACAGUGGAGAUGGCCUAAACCUUUUUUACAAGUAUACUAAGAAUACUGGUAUUUGUUUGGCCUAUCAGGAGCUUCUUAAAAUCCAGGGAAACUUCAAUCAAACACUUAAAAAUAUCAACAUGCUAAACAUUAAUGUCAUUGUGGUUUUCACUGUGCCACUUUAUGCAGAACGCAUAAUGAAAGCUGCCAUAGCAAAUAACAUCAGAGACAAGGUUUGGAUUUCUAGUCAAGCGUGGGCUAUGGAUCAGCAGCUUCUAAUUGAGCCAGGAAUUGAGAAGGUUGGAACAAUUAUUGGCAUUACAGAGAGAAUCAUGUCAUUGCCUGGAUUUGAUCAGUUCAUUUAUAAAACGAAAGCAACUAAUAAACAUAAUAAUGGUGAUGUUGAAGUCCCAAAUAAGAUAUGCAAUCAGGAAUGUAGGGAAGGUGCAUUUGUGUCCGCAGUGGACAUUAUAAAUGAAAAUCCCACAUCCUCCUUUGCCAUCUACGCUGCCAUAUAUUCCAUAGCUCAUGCAUUACAUAAAGUUCUGCAGUGCAACAUCAACCAAUGCAGCAAAAAUACAACAGUUAAGCCAUAUAUGCUUCUAGGAGAACUGAAGAAGUUGAAUUUUCCACUCAAUGGCCGUCAGGUGAAAUAUGAUGUUAAUGGUAAUCCAACCAUCAGUUAUGCCGUAGUGCUCUGGCACACGGAAACAAAUCAUUCAUGGAUUGAGAUGGUGGGCACUUAUGACACAUAUCCAGACACUAUUUUUACCAUCAAUAACACUCUCAUGCCCUGGCGUAACAAUACCUCUGUUCCUUUCUCAAACUGCUCUGUUGAGUGUAUGGAGGGAUAUUCGAGGAAACACGAGGGAUUGCAUAGUUGCUGUUUUCGGUGUAAAAAAUGCCCACAAAAUACUUAUGUGGACUAUUCUCGAGACCCUUACACCUGUUUUCCAUGUGCAGAGAGUGAAUGGUCUGAUGAAGGCAGCACAACCUGUAAGACACGUGCUGUUGUUUAUCUACACUUCACAGAAAUCCCCUCCAUUCUUGUCAUAUUUUCUGCUGUAUGCCUCAUUGCUCUGCUCAUUUUCAUCUUUUGUCUUUUUGCUUACAAUUACAACACACCAGUGGUGAGAUCUGCUGGCGGCAACAUGUGUUUCCUAAUGUUAGCGUGUUUAACAAUGUCUAGCAUAAGUGUGUUCUUUUUCUUUGGACAACCCACAUCUGUACAUUGUGUGUUGAGAAAUUUUAUAUUUACAUUUUUCUUCACUAUCUGUCUCUCUUGUUUGACCGUUCGUUCCUUUCAAAUCGUUUGUGUCUUCAAAAUGGCUGCAGAGUUCCCUAAAUUACACAGCUUGUGGGUAAAGCACAACGGCCAGUGGCUCUUCAUUAUGUCGUCUUCUUUCAUUCAUUUCAUUUCAUGUGUGUUAUGGGCAACUGUCUCACCUAACGAUCCUGUCAGAGAUUCAAUUACUUUUAAUGACCAAACUAUGCUCAUUUGUGAAAGGAGAAACACUGUAACCCUCAGCAUUGUUUUGUUCAUAAGUUGGUUUCUUGGUUUCCUGUGCAUCUCAUUUUCUUACAUGGGAAGAGAUCUGCCAAAAAGUUACAAUGAGGCCAAAUCAAUAACUUUCAGUCUGCUUAUGUACUAUCUGAGCUGGAUUAUAUAUUUCACAAUAUAUCUCAGCUUCAAAAGCAAAUACGUUCUGCUUUUGAAUGCACUUGCCCAAAUAAGCAGUAUAUAUGGAAUUCUCUUCAGCUAUUUCAUACCAAAAUCUUACAUCAUGUUAUUUCAACCAAAGAAAAACACUGCUGCAUACUUUCAAACAACUAUUCAGAAUUACACACAAACCAUUAGUAGAAGUUGAACUGCAAAAAUCUUUCACAAGCAAACUGCUAUUGCUUUUAGUGAUUAAAGUGAAAUGAUUUAUAUUUCAUAGAUAAGUUAGUUAUUGAAUAUUUUAGCAAGCUCUUUUUCAAUCAAUGUGUUAACUAAAUAGUAGUGUCUUUUAGUAAGAUUAAAGGCAGUUCUAUUUAUGUUGUUAGUCAUCAUAGAUUUAUUAAUGACUAUAAUAUAUCUUUUUUAAA